UCGUUUGAUUCCACUGUCGCCAAAAACACUCCCAAUGGACUCGAAUACGUCGACCACAGCUCAUUUAGACCAAACCCAGAAACGACUGGACGACAUAGUGGACAUAAUGCGACACAACAUCGACAAAGUGCUGCUGACGCGCAACCCCGAACUGAUUGACCUCGACCAAAGGGCGAAACACGUAAAAGAAAAGGGCGAACUGUUUAAACUUCAAGCGGAACACGUCAAGAGGAAAUACUGGUUCCAAAAUCACCCCUGGGUGACAGCGCUGGGAGUCAUUUGUUCCUUAUUGAUUGCUGCGAUGGUAAUUUUGGAGUUGGUUGAUGCGCGUGUCUAUGAAGAGCGCCAUCCCGUACCGGUGGCGGCUUCGGAAAACAAUUAUUCUGAGGUUAUGUAACGCCAUUUGAGUUGUAAAGUCUGGUGGCGAGUAAAUAAAUUC